GUUAUGCUCAUUUGCCUCUGGAUCAGCAGCUGAGCCCGGAGCGAAUGGCCCCCGUGGUGUGCUUACUGGCGGUAGCUGCCGCCUUUGUCGGAUCCGUCGACUGCGAGCCCUUUGUGAAUAGCUCCUUUGGAACCAUCUCUGGUAGAAGCGAUUCUUUCGAAGAUGUGGAAGUCGAGUCGUUCCUUGGUAUACCCUACGCGAAACCUCCUCUCGGAGAUCUUCGUUUCGCUUACCCGCAAGUUUUCGGUCCAGUUGGCGAGUUGAACGCAAGUCAAUUCUCGUCGAAAUGUCACCAACGUGAAAGUAAGUCCACGUCGCGACCCGCAAGCGCUGUGGAAUCUGAAGAUUGUCUCUACCUGAACGUUUUCCGCAAAGCGGGAACUCAGGCGGACGCGAAAAAAGCCGUCUUGUUCGUGAUCCAUGGGGGAGCUUUUACUGAGGGGAGCUCUUCCGACGAGAGUUACAACGCGAAACCGAUGGUCGCAUUAGGUGAUGUUAUCGUGGUCAGCAUCAACUAUCGUCUCGGAAUCUUCGGUUUCGCCGACAUGAAAGAUCUCGCUCCUGGGAACCUCGGCUUCUUCGACCAGCUCCUUGCUCUGGAGUGGGUUCACGAGAACAUCGCCGCGUUUGGGGGCUGCCCGCAUCGGGUCACUCUCGUAGGGGUCAGUGCUGGCUCCAUCUCGGUUGCCGCUCUGCUAGCGUCACCUCUCGUCCGUGGCAAGAAUCUCUUCAGAGGUGUUUUUAUGGACGCUGGAGUCAUGUCACGCACAAGCAUCAUGACCCAGGAUUACACUCUGAACCGAAUGAAGGAGAUCGCUGGCAAAGUUGGAUGCGGCACCGAAGGUGGGAAAAUGCUUAGCUGUCUGCGCAACGUCAACGCCACUCGAUUGAUAGAUUUAUCUUCCGAUCUCGAGACUAGCUCGAUCUUCACUUUCAUUCCCACCGUCGAUGGCAAAUUCGUCCCGGUCGACCCGACCAAAUACGUCCAGGAGAAUCCAGACAAGUUCCCAGACGUUCGUAUGAUCAUCGGUGUUACCAAAGAUGAGGGAACGAUGUUUGCCGCGAUGGUACCGGAGGCUCAGAAGGUCGAAACCGAAACUGAGUUUGUCGCUUUGAGCGAGAAAAUGUCCAAGAAUCUCGUGUAUCCGCUCGAUUUCGAUAAAAAAGAGGUCAAGGCCGCCGUGACUCAGACGUACUUCGGGAAGUCUGUCAACCACUUCCACGACAUCUCUGAUUUCAUAACCGACGGCACCUUCGCGUGUCCCACGGAUCAUUUUGUGAAGGAAUACUCCAGCGUUCACAAGAACGUAUUCGUGUACAGAUUCGAGAGGACCAUGAAAACGAAAGGAAUUCUUCCUGGUAUGAACGAUCCCGAGCUCCUCGGUGCGUUCCACGGUUCGCCAUUCAUCCACAUGUUCGGUUCGUGUUUGGCGUUCUCCGGCGAGACGCCACUGGAUGCCGACGACAAGCAAUUCAGCAUGGAUUCAGUGAAAAUGCUUGCCGACUUCGCGAAGUCCGAUGCCGUCCCUCAGCUUCGCGGAGUGACUUGGCCGAAUUAUUCGAGUGGGGAAGGAAUCCUUGUCAUCAAUGAUAACACCACAGUUUCGAAUAGUCUCGGAUGUAGAGAAAGAUGUCAGAAAGUUUUCCCUUUCCUAGAUGCCGUCUGAGAGCCGCACCGAAGCACGAGUCGACCGAAUGUAGCACGAUGACUCGCGUCUUCAAUCAAAUCAGGAUAGAGAGUUAAGAAUCGUUCUUCAAAUUUAUUUGCUUCUUCACUCUGUUCUCACCACUUUCCAUAAGAUUCUAGACUCGGUUGUCCCUCGAACACGUUCAAUCAAUAGAUGCUCUCAUGCCACAACGCACGUAGCGCUUCCAAAACACUUAAAGGUCAAAUCAUAUCUUCAUCGUUCAAUCUGCCACGCAGUCAUCAUGGCUCACGGAUUUCCACAUGGAAAUCUUGAGCGCUCCUCACUAUAAAUGAAUAUACAAUUACUUCAGCAAUGAGCCCAGUAGGACCAAUUCAUCUCUUGUCUGAUGGAUGAUUACAAUGAUCCACCGGCUCCUCGGAGAAGACUGUCAGGGUCAGAAAUGUCCGCUGUAUGGGCUGGGGCAUACGAGAAAAUCUUGUCAAGUGAAAUAAAUACAAACUAGAG